ACGAUGCUGCGCCACGCCGACCGAGCGAUGUUGAUGGGGCUGCUGGGACUCCUCCUCCUGCCCCCCCUCUGCUCAGCCAUGAUAUUGUCAAACGGCACCAACAAUGGACCGGGCCCUUAUGUGGCCGAGUUCCGCAUUGGGCCCCGGAUGGGCCCCGAGGACAUGAACAGGACCGAGGGGGACUUCGGUGUGCCUGACCCCUCCAUGAACUUCUUGCACAACACGACCUUCAUGCCCGAAGGCGCGAUGUUUUCCCCCCCCAUGCCGGACCCCGCGCUCUGCUCCAUGCUGAUGAACAUGCCGAUCCCGCCGGUGGACCAGAUCCCACUGUCCUGCCUGUGCUCCCUCUGUAAGGGCACCGCGGGGCCCAAAGGGGACCGUGGGGACCGGGGCCUCCCAGGAGCCCCAGGGAGUGCCGGGAUGAGAGGGAUGACGGGCUUCACCGGGCCGCGAGGAUUCACCGGCGUUCAGGGGAUGAAGGGUCAGAAGGGAGACCAGGGGGAGAAGGGCCAGGUCGGCGACGUCGGAUUCACCGGGGUGAAAGGCUCACGAGGCUACAAAGGAGAAAAAGGGGACUUCGGAUCUGAAGGCCCCCCAGGAUCCCCGGGCUCUAAGGGAGAAAGCGGUAUUUGUCCCGCCUCCUGUGAAAGUGUGCAAGGUCCGCCGGGUCUACAAGGCUCUCCUGGACCAGCCGGAGCCCGGGGCCUUCCUGGGGUCCAAGGGCCGAUGGGACAGAAAGGUAUGAAGGGCCCUAAGGGGGACCUGGGAACCCCCGGAAACCACGGUGUUGACGGCCAGAAGGGGGAUCAAGGUGCGCAGGGGAUGUGUAACUGCACGGAUGGUGAAAACGGCACAAAUGGGCUUCCAGGAGCACAAGGGUUCAAGGGGGACAAAGGGGAUCUUGGUGCCCAAGGUGAGAAAGGCUCCAUGGGGCUUAAGGGCAACAAGGGCGACCUGGGUGUGAGGGGGGUCCCCGGGCCAUGCUCCUCGCCCAUCAGAUCUGCAUUCUCUGCCGCUCUGGACUCCUCUUAUCCUGCUCCAAACUGGCCAAUCCCUUUCACUCGAGUCAUCUUCAACCUGUAUGGCCACUUCAACCCAAUGAUGGGCAUGUUCACGGCGCCCGUCAACGGCACCUACAUCUUCAGCUUCAGCCUGGCCGUCUCCGGGAAGCCCGUCGUCGUCGGCGUGUACAAAAACUUUGAGCGCAUGGCCAUAGCGACGGAAGUGAACAACCUGUCCUCCGCCACGCAGACAGUCAUCAUGCACCUCUUCAUGGGGAACAAGGUGUGGCUGCAGGUGAAGGACGCCAACUUCAACGGCGUGAUGUCCGGCGAAGAUAACAUGAGCACAUUCUCCGGGCAUCUGCUGUACCCCGACUCCUGCGAAAUGCCCAUCAUAGGUCGAGAGGGUGCUUUUCCAAUUCCCGAUGAAUAUUCUGAGGGCGACUUCAUCUGGAAAAAUUCCACACAAACCACCACCACGCCUGAACCAUAGUCAGUCAGUGGCGGGUAGAUAAAGCCCCCAGCCAAUCAAAACAACUGCAUGUUUUAAAGGAGGGGUAUUCUGUCACAUUAUCCACUAAAGUAAAACAGUUUUAUCGUCUGACACCGCAGUAGGGAUGGGAAAUCGCAUAGCGGGGGGUACAGGACUUUCAGAUCUACAGGUUUAAUGACAACACAAUCAUUCGGUAAGACUUCUAAUGCGAUGCUAACUGAGGGUCACAUUCAGAUGAUUUUCGGUUGCUUUAUUUUUUGGGCUGAAUCAGGGUCGUUGAGUCAGGUAGGAGGUAAAGACCCGGCGGCGGCAAGGUAGCCAAUGAGAUGGCUGUUAUCAAAUUAUAUCCACUUCACAUUCACAUCCCUGGACGUUUCCUCUGAGCGUUACUUCAAGGCUGACCUUUUGGGUUUCCAGGUGAGACAUCUCAGCAGCUGGACUAACUUAACUUAACCAUUACAAUUUCUAAACGACAUUCCCAGGGUAAUCAGCCCCUUAACCUCACCCCAACCCUAGCCAUCACCCGGACCAGGUCCCAUAUGGACGGCCACCUCGUAGCCCGAGACAUCAAAUGGUAAACGACAGUCCCUGUGGUACAUUUCACAUCACUGCAUUAGGUUGGGUGAAAGCAAUAAUAUUAAGUUGAACCUACUUAAAUUAUUGCUUUCAACCAACCUAAUGCAGUUUAAUUAAAGUCAGUGUGUCAGGGGAUAUCUAUAUUUUCUUUCCUCUCUUUGCAUCCUGGUUUAUUGAACUCCUAACAGACAGUGUUGUGAUGGAGUCUUGGAAAACCAAAGCAAAUUGAUGGAAACAAAAGAAUAAUGGUUUUUAUUUAAAUGCGACUCAUUAAGGGAAAUACCCCUCCUUUAAAAGUGGAGAUAAAUUCAGUCUCAUGAUUCAACACUCAGUGAAAUAGCAAAAUGCACGACUGAUUUUCAUUGUGUAAUAACUUUAAGGAAUGGUUAGAGCGCUGCGCUGCAGAGGUUCAGAAGGAUCUCACGCUAAAUUUUUUAAAGCACUACGAAUCCUCACAGUAAAUGUUUUGUAAUCCCGGAGUUCAGCUUGCUGCAGUUUAGUUUUAGACCCUUAACACUUCCCCUUUUGAAAUGUGGAGGAUGCAUAAAGUUUGAUCAAAGUUAAUUGUUUUAAAUUGCAAGCAAAGCGUCCACAUGGAUCCCAAGUCCUGCAACAGCGUAGUCAUUUUCUUUCAGACAAAGGCAACAGAGACGAGUUCGACAUCGCAGCGUUCCUUCAUUCAGUGACCAUGGAAAGAUAAAACCAAGUCUAAAUAUUCAGAUUCGUCGCAUCCUGGAUCGUUGUAGUUUUGGCUGAUUUGUCUUUCUUUUUUUCUAUUACAGCACAAAGAGGGUUAGGACACUCUUUAAAACAGGCCAGGCCGGAUCUUCUUUGAGGGAAUUGUUAUUUGGAAGAGGCAGAAAGCUUUGUUGAAUCUCUUCAGUUUCUCGUUUUAAUCACAGACCUUAUUUCAGGCUUCUCACCAAAGACAAAAAAACAUUCUCAUCUCCGUGUUUUAGGACUCAUUCCUGCACCUCUCUUUUCCUUGGCAGUCAAAAUGGAUCGGUUGUAUCUAGACUCGAUACGUGAAAGCCAAAGUGAAGUCGGAUCUGAUGCGGGGUGCAGACCUUUGUCCCUAAAACCUGCUUGAGCAAGCUAACUGCAGCUAAUCCUGGCAGGAAAUUGGUCCAAUACACAUCUGAAUUACACAAUAUUUAAACCUCAGCCACCAUUGAGCUGACUCAGUUAGCUGGCUGGGUUUAUAGAUAAGCUAGCCAUAACAAUGAAUAGCACGGUGUGAGAUCCCCAGUGAAAACACAACCUUUAAAUUGUUGCACUUCUUUUGUCAAAGCUACGUUUUUAAAUUCAACCUCCAGAAUAUUUUGGUUUAGAAUAAGAAGUCAUUUGUACUGAAAAUAAAUCUGCCAGAGAGAGAGAGAGGGAUCGUAAAGGGAAAAGGUCGUCUAUUGAAAAUGUAAAUAUGUGAAUCAGCACCGUGCAAAAGUAAAAUCAGAGAGAGGGAAGACGCUGGGAGGGAAAGGAGACGGUGGAGCUACAGGUACAGACAACAGGACCUACUUUGUAUUUUGGUUUGUUUGUCAACCAAAUAAAGUCAUCAAGUUUAAGGGUGGGCUCAAACGAAUGCUGCUUAAUAAAACAAACAUCAUGAGGAACUCGUUUGUUACUCAGAAGAUUGAUAUGUCUCUCAUUAUUUUAGAUAACAGAUAUUGAGCAAGGUAACAAGGGGUUAUAUUAUGCCUUUGAUUUCUGGACCUUUUGGUAAUAGGGCGACACAGAAGUACAAAUAAAUGAAACCUCUCCCGGAGCGCUGACUGAGGCGUGCUGAGCGAUAACGGAGAGCUGUGUGAGAGGCUGUGAUAUGUGCAUUGAAG